GUAGCCAUAUUUGUUUCAGGCAAGUGAGGGCAGCAGGAAAGGAGCUGAAGCCUCCCGCGCCAUGACUAGUACUGGCAUAUUUGGUCGGCGUCUAGAGUGCUGCUUUUCGUGGCUCUGCUUGUGGCUCCCACCGUUCCAGUUCAAAACCAGCGCUUCCAGGGCCCUUCCGAACUCUCCCUUUCCCACUCCCGAAAUUUGGGAAGGCCAAAGGCGAAAACAGGACCCGGAAGUAGGAGGGGGCAACUUCUAAGCACGUGAUGGGAGGAGCAGUGGUCCUGACACGUGACCCUCCAACCUGCUACUCUACCUUGCCGAGAGCUCAGCUGCUCUUAAAGCCAACUCCGAACACACGCUGACUUUGAGCCCUUUGGGGCACCCGAACUCGAUGCUAUGGGAAGCUCUGCGGGCUCGUGGAGGGGCCUUGAGGAUUCUGAGAGGGAGGAGACCGACUCAGAGCCCCAAGCCCCUCCGUUGGAUGGUCAGAGUGCCCAAUGGAAGAAUGCGGUGGGCUUCUGGAUCCUGGGUCUUUGCAACAAUUUCUCAUAUGUGGUGAUGCUGAGCGCUGCCCAUGACAUCCUUAAGCAGGAGCAAGCAUCUGGGAACCAGAGCCAUGUGGAGCCGGGCCCAACACCCAUGCCUCACAACAGCUCAUCUCGAUUUGACUGCAACUCUAUCUCCACAGCUGCAGUGCUCCUGGCAGACAUCCUUCCCACCCUCGUCAUCAAACUCCUGGCUCCUCUUGGCCUUCAUUUGCUGCCCUACAGCCCCCGGGUCCUUGUCAGUGGAGUUUGCUCUGCUGGAAGCUUUAUCCUGGUUGCCUUUUCUCACUCAGUGGGGUUAAGCCUGUGUGGAGUGGUUUUGGCCAGCAUCUUCGGUCUAGGAGAGGUCACCUUCCUCUCACUCACGGCCUUCUACCCCAGCGCUGUGAUCUCCUGGUGGUCCUCGGGUACUGGGGGUGCAGGGCUUCUUGGAUCGCUGUCAUACCUGGGACUCACCCAGGCUGGCCUUUCCCCGCAGCACACCCUGCUUUCUAUGUUGGGGAGUUCCAGCUGGGACCUCUCGCUCCAGGAAAGGUGGACAGUGUUCAAGGGCCUUUUGCGAUAUAUCAUCCCCUUGGUGCUGGUCUACUUUGCUGAGUAUUUCAUCAACCAGGGACUUUUUGAGCUCCUGUUUUUCCGGAACACAUCCCUGAGUCAUGCUCAGCAGUACCGAUGGUACCAGAUGCUCUACCAGGCUGGCGUGUUCAUCUCCCGCUCUUCUCUCCACUGCUGCCGCAUCCGUCUCACCUGGGUCCUAACCCUGCUGCAGUGCCUCAACCUGGUCUUCCUACUGGCAGACGUAUGUUUGAGCUUCCUGCCCAGCAUCUACCUCAUCUUCAUCAUCGUUCUGUAUGAAGGGUUCCUGGGUGGGGCAGCCUAUGUGAAUACCUUCCACAACAUUGCUCUAGAGACCAGUGACAAGCACCGAGAGUUUGCCAUGGAGGCCGCCUGUAUCUCUGACACCUUGGGAAUCUCCAUGUCAGGGGUUCUAGCUUUGCCUCUGCAUGACUUCCUCUGCCAUCUCCCUUGACAUGGGUUGCUCAGAACACACUGACAUCUGUGAACUCUGCCACAGACCUUCCUAGCUAGGCUGGGGAGUGGGAAGAGCCGCAGUCCUGCCCUGCUCCAGCAAGGAGCCCCCAUUGUUUCCCACUCCCGAGCUGGUCUCUGGGACUUCUCUCUCAGCCUUAUGCCCUUCUAAUAAAUGCUUAUUUUAUCAGUGUA